AUGCUUCUACUAGUUGAAGUGCAAAACAUGCUUUCGAUCAAGUCAUGGCCGAAAACAAAAGAACCGGCAUCGUAUCAAGAAAUUUAUAAUCAUGUUGAGCAUUUUGGUAGUGAAUGUUCGCAAUUUAUUGAUAUUAUCGAAAUCGAUUAUUAUCAAGGAACAACAUCAACUGAGAUUGCUCUAUCAAAAGAUCGAAUAACGCAUCGGGCACUGUCUGUGAUUACAAUACAAACAUGGUCGCGACGGUUGAAUCAAUUACGAACGAUUGCCUGUUCAAAAGAUUUUUGCAGUGCUGAGUCGACUAGAGAGUUCUUAAAUGGAGAGCGAUUGAUCGAUAGUGAAAUUAUUGCUUUGAUUGAAAGAAUUAACAGUAAGAUACGACAACAGUUUAAAGUAGAAAUUCCCGUAUUAAUCGAGCGAUUGAAUGAUUGUAUGGAAAUGAUGAAACAAUAUUUCUUAUCGUUUUAUCAAAUCGAAAGCAUUCAACGUAUCAUUGAAAACGAUCAGGAAGAAAAACUUCAUGCGGAAGACGUACCACUGUCCACAUUAUCGAGAGAAUGUCUAUCGUAUCCGUUUGUCUUUGUGCUACCAAGAUGCUACCAUCGAGCACGAGAAAUAUUGAAUAUCUUUCAAACAUGGCUACGUGAAGACAUGAUAUACACGGAAUUUAUUGAGAGAUCGUUGAAAUCCUUGGACAAAAAGUAUCGCGAAGCGAAACAAGCAUGGGAGUUGAGUAAAAGUCAGUAUAGUCAAAUCAAAUAUCGAACGGAGACUCGUGAUACUCGAUUGAAGAAACUCGAACAAACUCAAUUAGAAACCGAUUUCUUUUCGAAACAGCAAGAUUAUUCUUCGAAAUGCUUCAAACGUCAAAUCUAUGCUAUGCGCCUUUAUGAGUUAUCGCACCGAUUGAAGAAUGCCCAUGGUAAUCAUACAACGAUUGGAAAAUUUCAAACCGGUUUUAAGGAUUUAUCAAAAGAACUGCCAGAGUUGGAAUCAAAGAUUGCAGACGAUCUUUGCAAAACAUUCUCUAUCGUAUCGAAAACGAUUGGUCGUGAUUGGGAUCGGCUCUACCGGGAAUUACUAUUUCAUCCUAAACGGGGUCAAGAAGAAUUGUCCAACGAUCUGAAAAUCAUCAGUAGAAAGUAUGAGCGUGGAAAUACUUUCCAAGACCAAACAAUGGAUGCAUUGAACAAAUGGUGA